AUGGUGGAGCGAAGGUCUGAGAGCUUCUCAUCCAGCAGCAGAGAACCUGACAAGGCUUCCCGCCGCCGCUCAGACCGCACGCUCCCAGUGAAUCCUGGCUUUGCGAAGCGGCCUGGGUGGGUUUCUGUAACUUUCAACCAGAGAACCUCAACUAAAGCCUUUACUGAGAUCAAGUCUUACCCAGAGCCCAAUAUGUCUACCAGAGAGAUGGCGCUGGGCGGCUCUGUUGAAGCAAAGCGCCGGGGGUGGCGGACGCGGUGCGGGGGGCUGCGGGUGGACGGGCUGCCCCCGCUGCCCAAGAGCCUGAGCGGGCUGCUGCACUCGGCGUCGGGCGGCGGCGCGUCGGGGGGCUGGCGGCACCUGGAGCGGCUGUACGCGCAGAAGUCGCGCAUCCAGGACGAGCUGAGCCGCGGGGGCGCGAGCGGCGGCGGGGCCCGGGCUGCGGGGCUGCCCGCCAAACCUCCCAACCUGGACGCCGCGCUGGCCCUGCUCCGCAAGGAGAUGGUUGGCCUCCGACAGCUGGACAUGUCCUUGCUCUGCCAACUCUAUAGCCUCUACGAGUCCAUUCAGGAAUAUAAGGGAGCAUGCCAGGCCGCGUCCAGCCCAGACAGCACUUACGCUCUGGAGAAUGGCUUCUUCGAUGAGGAGGAGGAAUAUUUCCAGGAGCACAGCGCCCUCCAGGAUGGGAGGGAACGGGGCCCCCCGAGGGACCUGUUGCUGCCUGUCUCCUCGCUGUCCAGCAGCGACUGGAUUCUGGAGUCCAUCUAGAAAGGGAUCUCAGCAGAGGGAGAGGCCACUGCUGCUGCCGGACACGCCGUCAGCCUCAGCUUCUCCUCUAGAAGAAAGCUCCUGUGUUCCUCCAUUGUGGGCUGUCUUCGGGCGCCAGCGGCCAAUGCUGCCAGUUUAAUCAGGAGGACACGUGGCAGCCUGUUGCAAUGGCUGGAGUUUCUGGUUAGGUGGCCUCGAGGUGCUCGGCGACCUGCUUGGCACCGCGGUACCAGUGCGCUCCUGCCCACGAGUCCUGUCCAUGCUGGGAAUCUAACAGGAGGAUCCUGGGGGACGACCGUCCCGGGCAUUUCACACAGACGACUUGUACUAGUCUUGCAGGUGGUAGACGAUUUGCUACUCUCUCUCGUAGGAAUUGCCUCCAAGUUGCAGUGUAGGAGAACUAACAUUUUGUGGCCCCCCUCCCUUAAUACAUCUGGCAGCCUUCCUUGCUUUCGUUUUGUGGGCUCUUGGUUGGUUUUUCUUUGUAAGCUGCAUUACUAACUGUCCCGGUGACUCAGUGAAAGCUUUGUACCAAAAAAGUGAACAUUUCAGGUCACACUAGUCAACUGCAUUCCCUUCACCUGUCAAAAUUUAUAUCCUCCUUUGUCUCUUCCAUGGAGGAGGGAGGAAGAGAACACGGACAUGUGUUACGUUGGCAAAAAGAAACGGGGGUGAGCUCCUGGUUUGUGUCAUUCACUGUAAGAUGGCAUACAUUUUUUGUCCUGGAAGAUUCUAAAUGUAAACUAGCGUAUUAGAAAGCAGUCCUGCCUCUUCCACUCGAAACAAUGAUCACCUUAAGCCUUAAUAUAUUUAUUAAAAUCUUUGAUGAACGCUUUACACUUUGUAGGUUAAAAAUGAGGAUAAAAUGCUAACCUCUCUGA